AUUCCCUUUCGUCUCUCCUUUACAUUCCUCCUCUUCAUUUCCUUCUUUCUUUCUGUUUUCACUCAUUUGAGACUCUGCGAAUCCUCUCGCUAUGGCUACUGCGGGAGUCUCGCAGGCCACCUCUCCACGUCUGCCUAGUCCGCCCCCGUUCACGGAGGUCCAGAUCGGGCCCAAGUCACCCUCGGUCGGCGAGUCCUUUGACCACGAGACGGAGCAAUUGCUGGGCGCUUCACAAACAUCGGAGGAUGGCUCAACCAGGAGGAUUCGUCCGGGUACUAGAGCUGGAGAUAUGGCUGUUGGACCGCCUCUGAUCCCUCUCUCCCAGCUCGAUUCCCCCUUCCAACUCCAAGAACACCUCAAGGCUCUCUACAAUCAUUACACACGGCCCGAAGGCUCUGAUACGGUAGUUCCCAUCAGUCGGGAUGUCGCCAUGCAGCUCGCGGAACCUCCGGACGGCGUCGACCGGUCGCUAUGGCUCUACGAGCUGUGUCGCUUCCUGACUAUGAAAGUCAACAAUCUCAUCAUCGCCUUCUUCGCCGACUCUCCUCCCUGCUCCUCCCAGACCUGCCCCGAGAUGCGUGCAUCCGAGUGGCAGUACCUCUGUGCCGUGCACGAUCCGCCCAAAUCCUGCUGCGCCAUCGACUAUUGCUGCCAUACCCUCGAUUGGGCCACGAAUAUCCUUACGUCGCCUAAAUACUUUCCCAGCCGACUGACUCUCGGCUCGGAGACGGGCGGCGGCGCACAGGCCAGCAUGAGACAUUUGACCAACAUCUUCCGACGACUGUAUCGCAUCUUUGCGCACGCCUGGUUCCAGCACCGGGAGGUGUUCUGGCAGGUAGAGGGACACGAUGGGCUAUAUAUCUUCUUCAAGACGGUCUGCGACAUGUACAGUCUCAUUCCGGAGGAUAAUUACACGGUUCCUGCGGAGGCGGAGGGCGUCGAUGUUCAGCAGCCGGUCGCGCCGGAGCACACGGACAAUCGUCGGAUGACAAUCUUGCGCAAGGAGAACGAGCCGUUGUCGCUGGAGAGCAUGGAGCCAGCGUCGAUCAGCACGGGGGCAACCACAAGGCGUCACAAGAAUAGCCCGUCGAUCAGCUCGAGUGUGACGACCAUCAACGAGGGCGCAGAGGACGACGAGCAACCGAGGCAGCAGGCUGUAGCGGCGGCAACGGCGGCGGUUGCAGCUGCGAAUGCCGCAGCGGCUGCUUCCGCUCCUGCCCCUGCUCCUGCCCCUGCCCCUGUUCCCACCCCUGUCCCUGCACCGAAGGAGGCCGAGCCAACGCCAGCGGCCGAGGAGCAGCAAAAGUCUGAGCCGGAGCCGGAGCCAUCCGUUGACGACAACGGAGCUAAGGUCACUGUUUCGGAGGUACACGCUGACGAUGACGAGGCUACCCAGGAGACAACAGAGAAGCCGGAAGAAAAAUCAGAGGAGAAGCCAGAGACAGCGGAGCCCGAGGCGGAGCCCAAGGCUGAGGUUGAAGCUGAAGCUGAGGCGGAAGAGCCGGCCAAGCCUGAAAGCGACGCCCCUGCAGAGACAGAGGCGAAGCCCGAGGUAGAGACCGGAACCAAGCAACCGAGCGAGCAAAUUAGCGAACAGGAAGCGCCAGCGCAGGAAGCAGCGCAGGAGGCGUAGCGACGAGCAGAUUCCUUUCUACUGAUUUCUUUUUUGACAUGAUACAUGAUGGCAUGUGUCGAUACCACGGUUGUAAUAUGUGAGCAUGUUUGUGGGGAAGGCUCUGAUGUAAUAUACGAGCGAGUAAUGAUACCCUUAUGAGUGG